AUGCGUAUUGUUCUUUCUACUGUUGCCUUGACGGCAACAGCCCUCGCAGUCCCGGUGACUGUCCCUCCUACCUAUCACCGCACCUCAACUGUUCCCGGCAAGAUCCUUGAUGGUGCGUCGUCGAACACCUUGACGGCGCGGACCUUUGGCCCAAUGAUUAACUGGAUUGGACAACUUAAGCAUGGUGACCAGAGCUGUGAAGCUUGUGAACUUGGCGGAAGCAUGGAUACUAGUAUCAGCGUUGGGACAAAUGCUGAGGAUUGUGAUGAGAACGGAAACAGCAACACAAACUCAAACAGCAAUUCAAACUCAAACAGCAAUGAGAACUCAAACAGCAAUGAGAACUCUGGCAAUACAGUCUGUGAGGGAGGGGAUAGCUGUACUCCUCCCUCCGGCGGUACUCCUCCCACUGGUGGCAAUACAAGUUGUGAGGAGGGUGACGAUACCUGUACUCCUCCUGGUGGUACCCCUCCCUCCGGUGGCACGCCCCCUACUAGCGGCACGCCUCCCACUGAAGGCAUGCCUCCUUCUGGUAGUACUCCUCCUACUGGCGGUACUCCUCCCACUGGCGGUACUCCUCCCACUGGCGGUACUCCUCCCACUGGCGGUACUCCUCCUUCUGGUGGUACUCCUCCCACUGGCGGCAUGCCUCCUUCUGGUAGUACCCCUCCUACUAGUGGUACUCCUCCUACUGGUGGCACUCCCCCAACUGGUGACGUCCCGACCGGCAGCACCCCUAGCGGAACUCCUCCUACCUCCGGCACCGAGACUGGAGAAGAGACCGGCACCGAGACUGGCACUCCCCCCACCGGUGGCACUCCUACUGGCAGCACUCCUCCCAGCUCUGGCACUGAGACCGACACCCCCACCACCAGCGGUACUCCUCCCUCCGGCGGUACUCCUCCCUCCGGCGGUACUCCUCCUUCUGGUGGUACUCCUCCCACUGGCGGCAAUACAGUUUGUGAGGAGGGCGACGAUACCUGUACUCCUCCCAACGGCACUCCUCCCACUGGCAGCACGCCUCCCAGCUCUGGCACUGAUGAAACUGACACUCCUACCACCGGCGGCACCCCUCCCACUGGCGAUGUCCCUACUAGCGGCACUCCCCCCACUUCUGGCACCACCGAAACUGGAGAAGAGACUGGAGAAGAAACUGGCACUGAGACUGGCGGUUCUCCUCCCACAAGCAGCACUCCCCCCACUAGCGGUACUCCUCCUACUGGCGGUACUCCUCCUUCUGGUAGCACUCCUCCUACCAGCGGCACCCCCCCAACUAGCGGUACUCCUCCUACUGGCGGUACUCCUCCUUCCGGUAGCACUCCUCCUACCAGCGGCACCCCUCCCACUAGCGGUACUCCUCCCACUGGCGGUAUGCCUCCUUCCGGUGGCACCCCUCCUACCAGCGGCACCCCCCCCACUAGCGGUACUCCUCCCACUGGCGGUAUGCCUCCUUCCGGUGGCACCCCUCCUACCAGCGGCACCCCUCCCACAGGCGGCAUGCCUCCUUCUGGUGGCACUCCCCCCAGCUCUGACAGCAACGAGGACUGCGAAAUUUGCAAAAACUCUGGAAACAACAACGGCUCCAACGGCUCCAGCAGCAGCAGCAGCUCCAGCUCCUCCAGCUCUUCCUCCAGUUCCUCUAGCUCUUCCUCCUCUAGCUCUUCCAGCAGCUCUUCUAGCAGCUCUUCCUCCAGUUCCUCCGGCGGCACCCACGUUAGCGCCGGUGCUUCUGGCCCUAACGGCCAUGUCUCUGUCUCCAGCAACCCUGAGGACUGCGAGGAGGAGUAA